AGAUGAGAUCAUUAGCUAGAGGAGUCACCACGAAUAUUAGCAAACUAAUCGAAGCUAGACCGAAGAAUACCGGUCAAACUGUCUACUUGACGCACGUCAAAUGGGUUACUGGAAAAUCUCAAUUAGAACACUAUUUCAAGCGAUACGGGUCAAUUCAAAGUGUUAACAUGUUCUACGAUCCCGAUACGGGCCUUCAUCGUGGAUUUGCAUCGAUAACCUUCGAUUCAAAAGAUGGUGCGAAUAAGGCGAUUGAACAACGACCGCACGUUAUCGAUGGAGAUCGGGUAGACGUCGAGCCCUAUAUCCCGCUCAUUUCAAAAAACAAGAAGAAGGAUUUGAUGCUAUAAGCACCUAAUCAUCGUGAUCUCUCCUCUACAGUCUCUCUCGAAUUUAGUCAAUUCAUUUUGCAUACUCUUUUUAUUGAUUGAUUUUCCUAUUUGUCACCUCUAAUAUCUUAUUUCAUUCUCUGUUAUAGGUUUUCUGUCCUUAGCGUCGAACGCCUUCGGAUUGUUCGAACAAACCUACCGGUUCGUCAUUUUCGUCUCCUGUCUCCCCCUCGGUCCAAUUUUUCUUUAGUUUCAUCAGUUCUUUGAUGAAUUGUAAAUACUAGCCUGUUGUUUUUCAAACAAGAAGAACGUUAU